GGAGGCAGGAUUUCAUCUGUUCUGUUCUGGCUCUUAUUUUUCUCUGUCUUGUUCAACCAUCUUGUCCAAACCAAACUCCAAAAAUACAUUUAAGUUUGAAUUUCUUGACGGAGAAACCAAUGCCUACUGCACCAUAUUUUUAUUGAAUGGGAAGAGAAGACAAUCUCCAAACACAACAAUUUCUUUUGAUACUAAAAUGAUUCGUCAAUCUCUUUACAACCCUCCUUCCAUCCCCUUCUCAACCCCUUCCGUGAAACGCCACCGUUUCUCCCCUCCAAGUUGGAGAAUUCGAUGCGACGCGUCGUCGGUGUCGGUGGAGCAGAAGGUUGUUGGGCCACACACGGGUAGAGACCCAAACGUGAAGAAGCCAGAGUGGUUGAGGCAGAAAGCUCCUCAGGGUGAAAGGUUCCAAGAGAUUAAGGAAUCCUUGUCCCAUUUGAAGCUCAACACUGUCUGUGAGGAGGCACAAUGCCCCAACAUAGGAGAGUGUUGGAAUGGAGGCGGAGAUGGCAUUGCAACUGCGACAAUCAUGGUUCUUGGGGAUACUUGCACGCGUGGGUGUAGGUUUUGUGCUGUGAAGACCAGCAGAAACCCUCCACCUCCUGAUCCUAUGGAACCGAUAAAUACUGCCAAGGCCAUUGCAAGUUGGGGUGUGGAUUAUAUUGUCCUAACAAGUGUGGAUCGUGAUGAUCUGCCUGAUGGAGGAAGUGGCCAUUUUGCUCAGACUGUCAAAGCUAUGAAGAAUCUCAAACCUGAGAUCAUGGUUGAGUGUUUAACUUCUGAUUUUCGGGGUGACCUGAAGGCUGUAGAAAUUCUGGUUCACUCAGGUUUAGAUGUCUUUGCUCACAACAUUGAGACAGUCAAACGCCUCCAAAGAAUUGUUAGAGAUCCGAGGGCAGGGUAUGAGCAAAGCCUGUCAGUUCUAAAACAUGCAAAACAUAGCAAGGAGGGUAUGAUAACAAAAACUUCUAUAAUGCUGGGCCUUGGAGAAACUGAUGAUGAGGUGAAGGAAGCAAUGGCUGAUUUAAGGGCCAUUGAUGUUGAUAUUGUGACAUUUGGUCAAUAUUUGCAGCCAACUCCCUUGCACUUAACUGUCAAAGAGUAUGUUACUCCUGAGAAGUUUGCUUUCUGGAAAGAAUACGGGGAAUCUAUUGGUUUUUGUUAUGUAGCUAGUGGUCCACUGGUGAGAUCAUCGUACAGAGCUGGGGAGCUGUUUGUCAAGACAAUGGUACGAGAAAAGGCCAAGAAUGCUGGUGACUCGUUGUUAUGAUCUUUGGUUCUGCAAUUAUGUAUAUUAGGCAACACCAACUGACGAGGUUUUUAGCACUUUCAUUGCUAAGGAGAAAACGGUUAAGUGCUAAGGACAGCUUUACGUAUUCUUUGGACCGGUAUUGUUUCUCAAUUUAUAUUCUUUAGUAAAUUGACAAUAUACGUAAGUUAAAUUGAGAGAGUGAAAAAGAACAAAAAUUUCAAAAGCAUUAUAAAGCGAGAAUGAUAAUUGGUUUACUUACAAGUUACAAGGAGGGUGUUUUCUCUUACUUGCAUUUGGUUGUUAGUGGCAAUAGCUGUUUUUGUUUGGUUACCAUUUUUCUAGUGUAAUGGUCACGUUUUGAUUUUGAUUUUAUCAUUUGAUAAAAUUGAGUAUAUCUAAAAGAGAAAUACUCAAUGUUCAUGCUUAA